CCUGUCGUAGAUGUUCGCCGUCAGCUCGGAUUUCCCGGUGAGGAAAUGCUGGAUCUCUUUGUGCUCACUCAUUUUCGCUCUCUAAUCUGUAUGCGCAAACGCAAAAAGGAUGUAGUAGGUAACAAUCCGGAAAAGAAGGUAAGAAAAGUGGCGAAAAUGAGCUUAACUGCGGCAGAAGACGAUUCUGCAUCCGAAAUCCAUCUUCCAGCCGACGUAGACUGGGAAAUGCUCGACAAAUCCAAGUUCUUCUUCCUUGGCGCUGCCCUUUUCUCGGGUGUCUCCGGUACUCUUUACCCGAUGGUCGUCCUGAAAACCCGCCUGCAGGUGAUGCUACACAGCUCGUCCUGCCUGAAAAUGGCAUCCACCAUUCUCAAAAACGAGGGCCCGAGAGGCUUUUACCGUGGAUUCGGGACCUCCCUCAUGGGGACUAUACCCGCUCGAGCACUCUACAUGGGUGCCCUCGAGGUGACCAAGAGCAACGUGGGCAACAUGGCCAGCGGCCACCUGGGCCUUUCAGAAGCCUCGUCUUCCACCAUAGCCAAUGCUGCGGCUGGCCUUUGUGCUUCCAUGGCCGCCCAGCUGGUGUGGACUCCAAUCGACGUUAUCAGCCAGAGGCUGAUGGUGCAGGGAGGCUCGGGACUGAAGAGGUACAAUGGCGGCAUAGAUGCAUUUAGGAAGAUUGUGAAUAUGGAUGGGUUUCGAGGUUUGUACCGUGGGUUCGGGAUAUCGAUUCUGACUUACGCGCCUUCGAAUGCCGUCUGGUGGGCUUCGUAUUCGGUUGCGCAUAGGGUGAUUUGGGGGUCGAUCGGGUGUAGGAAGACCGAGAAUAACGGUUAUAGGGCGGCGGUGGUGGCAGUGCAAGGGGUGAGUGCAGCCAUGGCCAGCGGGGCUUCGGUGCUUGUGACGAUGCCGCUCGACACGAUUAAAACGAGGCUUCAGGUUUUGGACGGAGGAGAACCGUGUGGGGGGAAAGGGAAAUCGAUGACGGUUAUGCAAACGGUGAGGGAUUUGGUGAGGGAAGGGGGUUUGGGGGCGUGCUAUAGGGGACUCGGGCCAAGAUGGGCCUCGAUGUCGAUGUCAGCCACGACAAUGAUCACGACAUACGAGUUUCUCAAGCGGCUGUCGACCAAGAGUUCGGAGAGGUUUGGUGUAUGA